AACAGACAAAAUCGGCGACAAUUGGCUCAACAAUUGGGCCAAAAAGUGGCGGUCAAUGGGUUUAACAUACACUAUGAAAAGGUGGGCACCGGUCAGCACACCGUACUCUUACUUCCCGGCGCUAUUGGGUCGACUCGAAGCGACUUCGGGGCUCAAUUAGAGACUAUGAAUCGGGAGGCGUUCACUUUGAUAGCGUGGGAUCCGCCCGGUUAUGGCUACAGUCGACCCCCGGAGCGCGACUGGAAUGACUUUUAUCGCCGCGACGCCAAAGUGGCCGCACAAUUCAUGAAGGCGUUAGGUGUGGCCAAGUAUUCGCUGCUCGGUUGGAGCGACGGUGGGAUCACUUCGCAGAUCAUUGCGGCGGCGAAUCCGCUGAGUGUCCACAAAGUGGUGCUCUUCGCCACCAAGUCGUACAUCUCUGCUGAGGACAAGCGUAUGCUAUUGGAGAUACAGGACGUGAACAAAUGGCAUCCGACGGCCCGUCAGGCCUACGAACAGGUGUACGGCGCGCACCUGUUUGAGCGCCUGUGGACUCAAUACGUGGCCGCCUAUUGUCGAUACGACGAUAUCUGUACCGCCGAUUUGGCGGCCAUUAAACAGCCGACACUAUUACUGUACGGCGAUAUGGAUCCGCUCGUGGAUGCCGAGCACCCGAAGUACCUCCUGAAGCAUAUACCGCACGCCCGCAGCCAUUGCUUCCCCACCGGUAGACAUAAUAUUCACAUCAAAUUUUGCGAUCAAUUCAAUCAAAUAGCGUUAGGUGUGGACAAGUACUCACUGCUGGGUUGGAGCGACGGUGGGAUCACUUCAUUGAUCAUUGCGGCCGCGAAUCCGCUGAGUGUCCAGAAACUGGUGGUCUUCGGGGCCAACGCUUACUUGACGGCUGAGGACAAGGAGUUAAUAUUGGACAUAAAGGACGUAAGCAAAUGGCAUCCGUCGGCCCGACAGGCCUAUGAGGACGUGUACGGACCGCACGUUUUCCGCCAACUCUGGGCCGGAUUUGUGGACGCCUACUGUCAAUACGACGACAUUUGUAAAUCAGAUUUGGCGGCCAUUAAACAGCCGACUCUUAUACUUCAUGGCGUUCAGGACCCGCUGGUGCCACCCGAGCAUCCGAAGUACCUCCUGAGCCGUAUACCGCACGCACGGAUCCAUCGGUUCCCCACCGGAAGACAUAAUAUUCACAUCAAAUUUCGCGAUGAAUUCAAUCAAAUUGUUGAACAAUUUUUGCUUCAAUAGUGGAUCUGAUUUUUAUUAUGCAAUUAAAUGACAUUUUUGUAUUUUUUUAAAAUAUAGAUUUAUAUAUUU